AUGGCACGGUUGUGGUAAUUUGUAAAUGCUCAUCUCUCUUCCCUGUUGCAUUUCCCAGCCUACAGUUGUGGCGUCCCUGCCUACCCACCUUUUGUCGCCCGUGUGGUCGGAGGUGAAGAUGCCAAUCCCCACAGCUGGCCCUGGCAGAUUUCCCUCCAGUACGACAAAAGUGGCGUCUGGGCUCACACAUGUGGCGGGACCCUUAUUGCUACCAACUGGGUCCUCACUGCGGCCCACUGCAUCAGCAACAGCAGAACAUACCGAGUUCUACUGGGGAAACAAAACCUGGAGGUCGAGGAACCUGGCUCUGUGGCCACUGCUGUGGAGAAGAUCAUUGUCCAUGAGAAAUGGAACUCCUUCCUGAUCAUCAACGAUAUUGCCCUGAUCAAGCUAGCGGAGCCCGUACAACUGAGCAAGACGAUCCAGCCAGCCUGCCUUCCUGCAAACGGUGCAAUCCUGACACAAGACUUCCCCUGCUACAUCACCGGAUGGGGACGCCUUUGGACCAAUGGCCCCAUCUCUGAUGAUCUCCAGCAGGCAUUGCUGCCUGUGGUGGACCAUGCCACUUGCAGUCAGUGGGACUGGUGGGGCUUCAUGGUCAGAGAAACCAUGGUCUGUGCCGGAGGAGAUGGAGUCGUUUCUGGAUGCCAAGGAGAUUCUGGGGGCCCACUGAACUGUCAUGGCGCUAAUGCUUGGGAAGUACAUGGCAUUGUGAGCUUUGGAUCUGGGCUGGGCUGCAACACUUAUAAGAAGCCAACUGUCUUCACCCGGGUGUCUGCCUACAUCGACUGGAUAAAUGAGGUAGGUAUCGGCCCAUUAAAGCAAAGCUCCAAGUGCUUAACUAGAUUUCUGCACACUUACGUGAAAUGAUUAUCUAGCUGCUUUUAUUUAAGUACCUAAAAGAAAACCGGUUGACCCAUCCCAGAACUACUAUCUCUGUUUCCUUUUCAGUCAGCUCUCGAUGACUAAAUCAAAUGUAUAGGCCUGCACCAAAGCCCUCAAACUCUGGGGAAGUUUGGAGCAGGAUCGCAACUGAACAGCCUUGGCCCAUCUUUGGUGCCAUCUCUACACAGCAAAUGGUUUUGCUGCUGUCCUACAAAAAUGAGGCAUUCUUGUGUCCAGCGUCAAAAAUGGAGGCCUAAAGUUAGGCUUACUUAGGUGUUGAAGUAAAUAGCCUGAGCACCAAGGAGCUUCCAUUGACUUCAGUGGGAUUUCAGUGAGAGCUACUAGGUAAGGGGCAACUUUGAAAGUCCAGCCAUUUAUUUCAUCCCUAGCUUUGAGCCUCCUGGCCUAGAAGUAGUCUACAAUGCUGGAAAUGCCAAUAGGAGAGGAGGCAACCCAGAGAGACUUAACUCAGCUGCACCAUGCAGAAGGAUUGUGGGCUUGCCUCAGAUGCCGACGUUACUUUAGAGGAGAGUGGUCAGCUGUUCGGACACUUUUUGAAAUUUACAAAGAAAUCUCCCAGUUUUAUGACCAGCUUGUUGCACGUGUAUAAAUCUAAUUGGAUACCCAGGACUUCGGGCCCAUCUGUUUUAGCUUGCCACAGUAUAGGUUACACUUCUCCAGUAGGAGAGAGCCAUUGAUGCUUCAGACAGAGUGGACUUGUAAAUAAGAACUUGCUUUACCGGGAGCCAUUUAGUCUGGUUUAGUGUGAAACUGUAACUUAUUUUUUAAAAAUGACUAACACUGCUUCUUUUCUUUCCCCUGUCACCAGAAAAUAAAUCUCAACUGAAGAGUCCAGCUCAUUUCAUUGAUUGUAAA